GCUGGUAUACCUUCUCCUCGACGUGUCGUGCGACGUCCCGACGACCAUGCCCACCCAUGCUCUACUUGAGACCGCUUCCGGCUAUGCCAUAUUUGAGGUCAAACUUACAGGGGAAAUUGAGGCCAAGUCAAAGCCCUUCCAGGAUUCAAUAAACGAUUUUUCGAAAUUCUCAAAAAUGGUGUCGCUCAUGAGCUUUUCGCCCUUUAAAAGUGCAGCUCACGCGUUGGAGAAUGCAAACGAUAUCUCGGAAUCAAUCGUCAAUGAUUACCUGAAAUCCCUUGUCGAGCUCAAUCUUUCCAAGCCAACCAAAAAAUCGUCCAUUGUGCUAGCCGUAACGGAUCCAAAUUUGGGAAACUCGAUACGCGUAGAGACCAAGGUGCAAUGCGAGUCUGGAGACAUGGCCAUGGAGCUCAUUCGAGGCCUUCGUCUGCAUGCAACCAAGUUGCUCAAAGGAUUGCAGAACGAUGAUUUUACCAAGUCCCAGCUUGGUUUGGGCCAUUCUUACUCUCGCGCGAAGCUAAAGUUCAACGUGAACCGACACGACAACAUGAUCAUUCAAGCCAUUGCCCUUCUUGAUCAACUCGACAAGGACGUCAACCUAUUCUCCAUGCGCAUUCGGGAAUGGUAUGGUUAUCAUUUCCCAGAACUCGUCAAACUCGUUCCCGACAACCACCAAUACGCUCGUCUUGUUCAAUUCAUUGGCGAGAAAGAGACGCUCACCGAGGAGAAGCUCCCCGAGAUAGAAGCUAUCCUCGAAGACAAUUCCACCGUCGCUCAAAACAUUCUAGAUGCUGCCCGUGGAUCCAUGGGUUCCUCCCUCUCCGAAAUUGACAUGCUCAACAUCUCCACAUUCGCCAUUCGCGUCGUCUCGCUAAGUGAAUACCGCAAGUCAUUAAUCACUUAUCUAUCCGACAAGAUGAACCUCAUCGCACCAAGUCUCACGGCUCUGUUGGGUGAUCGAAUCGGCGCACGGCUUAUCAGCCACGCUGGAAGUCUGACGAAUCUCAGUAAAUACCCUGCCAGCACUGUACAGAUUCUGGGUGCCGAGAAAGCGCUAUUUAGAGCACUGAAGACGAAGGGCAACACACCGAAGUACGGGCUCAUAUAUCAUUCGUCGUUCAUUGGCCGUGCAGGUCCCAAGCAUAAGGGUCGUAUCUCGCGUUUCCUAGCCAACAAAUGCUCGAUAGCAUCGCGGAUAGAUUGUUACUCCGACAACCCCACCGCAAAAUUCGGCGAGGCUCUCCGGGGACAAGUCGAAGAACGUCUUGAAUUCUUUGAGAACGGAACGCCUCCAUCGAAGAAUGCUGAUGCUAUCCGGAAGGUUUUGGACGCGCUUGCGGAGGAGGAAGAGGUGGAUGUGGAGAUGGAUGGCCCGGCCUUGACGACUCUCGAGCCGUCGCCAAAGAAGGAGAAGAAGAAGAAGCGAAAGAGUGACGCUAUGGACGUUGACGACGAGGAGGAACCUUCACCGAAGAAGGUGAAGUUAUCAAAGGAGGAAAAGAAGGCGUUGAAAAAAGCUGCGAAAGAGAAGGCCAAGAAACAGGGUGCUGAAGCGGAUGUGGAUGUCCCUAAGAAGGAGAAGAAAAAGGAGAAGAAGGAGAAGAAGGAGAAAGAGAAAAAGAAGGACAAGAAGGAGUAGUUCCCCUUAUCUUGGUGCCCUCUCUCCUUUCUGUCCUGAUUUAUCUGUGCCAUAUCUAUUUUCUCCUAGUAUGUAUAUUUUGCACGAUUCGAUGAGACACGUACCUGCGCACUGGCAGGACUACUUCCCUAGGUUCCGGUUAAGGUUCGUUCUUGAUUGGUGGCCACGAUCUUACACGUAGUUUUUCAGAGACCGCGAUGUUCUGAUUCUCGUUAUACUUAUCGUUACGAUUAUUUAUAGCGCAGACCGCUGUGUUAAUGGCCUUCGACUCGCCACCCUUAUCCGUAAAUGAAG